CUUUCGUCGCUCCUCGUUUGCACUCAUUAGAUCAGUCCACUCGCUAAAACUGGAGGAACUACCGCCUUUAAAAAUAAUUUCUACAGCUACAAGUGACAAGACGGGACUUUAGCGCUCAUAUGUGGAGUUUAUCUGGGAAUCUUGAGUGAUUUGAUCAGAACAGAUUUUAUUAUUUUACAUGCGCUAAUGUUAGCCUGUUAGCUCUUAAUCUCUCUUUAUAAACCUCCGUUGAAAUCAACAUGAAGAUCACUGUGGAUUUUGAAGAAUGUCUAAAAGAUUCACCCAGAUUUAGGGCGACAAUUGAUGAAGUUGAAGGCGACGUCAGUGAGCUUGAGUCCAAAUUAGACAAGCUGGUGAAGUUGUGCAUUGGAAUGAUUGAUGCUGGAAAGGCGUACAACACUGCAAACAAACAGUUUGUGAACGGGAUUCAAGAGUUAGCUCAGCAGUCUGCCAAAGAUGAUGUCAUCGAGUCCAGUCUUACCAAGUUUGCUGAGAGUCUUCAAGAGAUGAUCAACUACCACACAAUUUUGUUCGACCAUGCACAGAGAUCAAUCAAAUCACAACUGCUGACGUUUGUGCGAGAGGACCUUCGGAAAUUUAAAGAAGCUAAGAAACAAUUUGACAAAGUGAGCGAAGAGAAAGAAGCAGCUCUGUCCAAAAAUGCCCAAGCACCUCGCAACAAACAGCAUGAGGUGGAUGAGGCCACCAACAUUCUCAAUGCCACACGCAAGUGCUUCAGACACGUCGUUCUGGACUACGUACUGCAGAUUAAUGUGCUCCAGUCCAAGAGACGAUCAGAAAUCCUCAAAUCGAUGCUGUCCUUCAUGUACGCCCACCUGACGUUCUUCCAUCAGGGUUAUGAUCUGUUCAGUGAACUACAACCCCUCAUGAAAACACUCACUGGACAGCUGGAUCAACUGGUGAUGGACUCAGCGAAAGAUAGGAAGGAUAUGGAGACCAAACACUCCACUAUACAACAGAAGGAGUUUGUGAAUGAUGAGACCAAAUUGGAGUAUAAUGUGGAUGCAGAGAAUGGGAUUGUCAUGGAGGGAUAUCUGUUCAAGAGAGCCAGUAAUGCCUUCAAAACAUGGAACCGACGGUGGUUCACAAUUCAAAACAAUCAGCUAGUGUACCAGAAAAAAUUUAAGGAUAACCCUACUGUUGUGGUGGAAGACUUACGGUUAUGCACCGUCAAACACUGCGAGGACAUCGAACGCCGCUUCUGUUUCGAAGUUGUGUCUCCAACAAAGAGUUGUAUGAUGCAAGCGGACACUGAAAAACUCAGGCAAGCCUGGAUUAAAGCCGUCCAAAACAGUAUCGCUACAGCCUUCAGGGACAAAGCAGUGGAUGCUGAGAAGAUGGACAGGAAGUCGUCUACAUCUACAGGCAGUCUGGAAUCAGGUGGAGAUAUGAAAGAGAAGACUCUUAAAGGUGACAGCGCAGUGCAGAAGGUGAUGGCUAUCGCUGGCAAUAGCACCUGCUGUGACUGUGGGCAACCUGACCCACGUUGGGCAAGCAUUAACCUGGGCAUCACUCUCUGCAUUCAGUGUUCAGGGAUACACAGGAGUCUUGGAGUUCAUUUCUCGAAGGUUAGAUCUCUGACACUGGACACAUGGGAGCCUGAACUACUCAAGCUGAUGUGUGAGCUAGGAAAUGGUGUCAUUAAUCAAAUCUAUGAAGCACGCCGGGAAGAACUUGGAGCCAGAAAACCACAGCCAGGAGAUCCCAGGCAUGAGAUGGAGGCAUACAUCAAAGCCAAGUAUGUGGAGCGAAGGUUUGUCCAGAGACGGUCGGAAGAUAAGAUCAAAGAGAAGGUUUUAUCAUUGAGUAAUCCAGAUAAAGAUCUUAGUAGCUUUUCAGAAGCUCAGCCUACAAGACAACCAGCAACAUCAAAACCCCCAGCUGCCUCUGGUUCCUCAGGGAAAUGUGCUGAUGGUGAAACAAACAACCUCACUGAUGGAAGCAAAGAAAUGCUGAAUACAACUGCUGCCUCCAACACACUCAAUGACACGGAAGGCACAGAGUCGCACAUCAUGGAUCCUCAGGCUGAAUGUUGUGGGAAAGAUGUGCUGGUGUUCUGUGAGCCGAAGCAGUUCACCGUAGGCCUGCAGCUGUACUGGGCAUCGUUCUCUCGCAGUCUGCCUGACAUGGCUGAAGCUCUCGCGCAUGGAGCCGAGGUCAACUGGGCCAAUACGGAUGAUGACAACAGAACGCCCCUCAUCAUGGCUGUACAUGGGGGAUCUCUGGUCACCUGCGAAUUUCUGCUGCAAAAUUCAGCCAGCGUGAACCAGCAAGACAAUCUAGGCAGAGGACCGUUACAUCACGCCACCAUACUGGGCCAUACAGGACAAGUGUGUUUAUUCCUGAAACGGGGAGCCAAUCAGAAUGCAGCAGACGCUGAGAAUAAAACACCACUGUCAACCGCAGUUGAGGCAGCAAACGCUGAUAUUGUCACGCUGCUUCGACUGGCAAAGAUGAAUGAGGAGAUGCGGGAAUCAGAGGGUCCGUACAGUCAGUCAGGAGAUGAAACAUACCAGGACAUUUUCCAAGACUUUACCCAGAUGGCAUCAAAUGACCCAGACAAAUUCAACCACUUCUGAACACAUGAACAAACCUCCAAUAGUAUAGCACACCAUGCCAACCUCCACAUAAAUCCAUUUGGGUAAUGGAUUAUUUGUACUCAUUAGUUGGUGAUGUCUUUGAAAUGUAAUAUUUGUUUUCCUUAUUAAAUUGAGUAUUAAUUCUAUGAUUAGCAUUACCUGUCAGAUUGUAAUUAUAAAUAUAAGAUGUCUUAUAUAGAUAUUUUUCAUGUAUUCAAUAUCUGCCCACAUGGUAAUUUGGGUGACAAAUUAUAUUGCACUCAGACCAGAUGAAUUGUAACAUGCUGCGUUAUUGACUUUUUAUUGUAAAUUACGAUCAAAUAUUUUAUAUAGGUUUUCAUUCCUUGCUUUUUUGAUUUAUCUAUUGAUUCUCAGACGAACAGCGAUUAAUGGGAGUAUUUGUUUGAGCCAUUGGAUGUAAUAAACCUCAUUCAUGAAACGCACUGAACAGAUUUGUGUAAAUCCUUCCUGCUUACGAAAACAGUCGCAUUAAUUUACAGUUGGAUAUAAAAAGUCUACACACCCCUGUUAAAAUGCCAGGUUCUUGUGAUGUAAAAGAAUGAGACAAAGAUAAAUAAUGUCAGAACUUUUUCCACCUUUAAUGUGACCUAUAACGUGAACAAUUCAAUUGAAAAACAAACUGAAAUCUUUGAAGGGGAAAAAUAAAAAAACUCACAAUAACCUGGUUGCAUAAGUGUGCACACCCUUAAACUAAUACUUUGUUGAAGCACCUUUUGAUUUAAUUACAGCACUCAGUCGUUUUGGGUAGGAGUCUAUUAGCAUGGCACAUCUUGACGUGGCAAUAUUUGCCCACUCUUCUUAGCAAAAGUGCUCCAAAUCUCUCAGAUUGCGAUGACAUCUCCUUUGCAUAGCCCUCUUCAGAUCACCCCACAGAUGUUCAAUUGGAUUCAGGUCUGGGCUCUGGCUGGGCCAUUCCAAAACAUUAAACUUCUUCUGGUGAAGCCAUGCUUUUGUGGAUUUGGAUGUGUGCUUUGGGUCGUUGUCAUGCUGAAAGGUGAACUUCCGCUUCAUCUUCAGGUUUCUAACAGACGCCUGAAGGUUUUGUGCCAAAAUUGCCUGGUAUUUGGAACUGUUCAUAAUUCCCUCCACCCUGACUAAGGCUGCGGUUCCAGCUGAAGAAAAACAGCCCCAAAGCAUGAUGCUGCCACCACCAUGCUUCACUGUGGGUAAGGUGUUCUUUGGGUGAUGUACGGUGUUGUUUUUGCGCCAAACAUACCUUUUGGAAUUAUGGCCAAAAAGUUCAACUUUGGUUUCAUCAGAUCAUAACACAUUUUCUCACAUGCUUUUGGGAGAUGUUUGUUUUUGCAAACUUCAGCCGGACUUGGAUGUUUUUCUUUGUAAGAAAAGGCUUCCGUCUUGCCACCCUACCCUAGCCCAUUCGUAUAAAGAAUACAGGAGAUUGUUGUCACAUGUAGCACACAGCCAGUACUUGACAGAAAUUCCUGCAGUUCCUUUACUGUUGCUGUAGGCCUCUUGGAAGCCUCCCUAACCAGUUUUCUUCUCGUCUUUUCAUCAAUUUUGGAGGGACGUCCAGUUCUUGGUAAUGUGUCUGUUGUGCCAUAUUUUCUCCACUUGAUGAUGACUGUCUUCACUGUCUUCCAUGGUAUAUCUAAUGCUUUGGAAAUUCUUUUGAAUGUGAUUGGUUAAUUCUGAACACAGCCACAUCCCCAGUUAUAAGAGGGUGUGCACACUUAUGCAACCAGGUUAUUGUAAGGAUUUUCAUUUUUCCCCAACGAAGAUUUCAGUUUGUUUUUCAAUUGAAUUGUUCACGUUAUAGGUCACAUUAAAA